AUGAGCCAGGGAGAGAAGCUGAGCUCAUCCUCUCUCUCGCCCUCAAAACUCCACCGUCUCGGCCAGACUUUUCGCCUCCACCUCCACCUCUCGCUGCUACGCCGGAGACUCAAUAAUGUCCGUGGGUCCGGCUACCGAGGUGCUGGUGCGCAUGGGGAUGGCCAAGAAUUAGUCCCCGUCCGCCCACUCCUCCGGUUUCGGGAGUUGCAAGAAUUGACCGAGAUGACACGGCCAAAGCUCUCUGCAGACUUGCCAUUGCCCACGAGACAACGGAGGCCAUGGACCACGCCCGAGCUCUCAAAAAUCCCCUCAACUCCAGAGAUAGGCGGCUUUCCUGAUGCCGAAUCUGCGGGAUGCUACCGUCGCAUCCCGAAGAGUAGCAAGAUGUUGGAGAUGUUGGAUGUAGGGCUCAGUGAUCCCCCAGCACCAAGUCUGUACAUGGUAUUCCGAGAUCCGAAUUGCAUGCAUGUAUGUAGCGAGCCCCGAAAAGCGGGCGAGAGCGAGACGUGCAGCGAAGACGUGCAGCGCAAACGAGAUUUAAGACCAGCCGCAGCGCUCCCUCCUCGCUGCUGGCCCUGCAUCGCUCGAUCGCAUGCAUACCGCUCCUCCUCGCCCCAACACCCUCACUUCCCCCUGACCUGCCCUCUCACCGCGCAGGAGGACGCUCCUAAUCACGGUAGGCCCGCCGUGGCGCACAGACGCCCCACUGCCGACGACGCCAUGCAGGAGGCGGCGCUGAAACGCGUAGGGCUAGAGCAGCGCCUUGCGUGUUGGGGGGCUGAGUUUAGGGCUUGCUGGCCGAGGAGUGAAGGAUGA